GCAGGCGCGGGACGGGGGCCUCGCCCCUGCCGACGUCGCAGGCUGGAGCUCACCUGGGAGACUCCAAGAGGAAGCGGAGCCUCGGUUCGGCCUCUCCUGGCAACGCAGGAGACCCAGCGGGAAGGCAGGAGGCGGCGGCGGCAGAGGCGGAGCUGGACUGAGCGGCAACUGUAGCGACAGCAACCGGAGGCGCCGCCGCCGCCACCACCUGCACCUGGCGCCCGGCCCAAGUCCAGCGCUCGCCCGGCCGCUGCUUCCCGCCGUCCUGCAGUGCCCACCCGCCAGGUAUUACCAUUUAAUGAAAUCUUCUUGCCAGCAACUCUAUGAUAAAAAAUAUAAGUAACAGAGGAAACUAUAACUGUUAUUUGUCAAGUGGCAAGCUUUUAAUGUCAGAAUGGCUCACAUAAAGCGACUAGUAAAAUUACAUCUUAAAAGACAUUAUCAUAAAAAGUUCUGGAAGCUUGGUACAGUAAUUUUUUUCUUUAUAAUAUUUUUGAUUUUAAUGCAAAGAGAAGUAAGUGUUCAGUAUUCCAAAGAGGAAUCAAAGAUGGAAAGAAAUAUAAACAAAAACAAGAUGUUUGAUUUAAUGUUAGAAGCUGUAAACAAUAUUAAAGAUGCAAUGCCAAAAAUGCAAAUAGGAGCACCUGUCAGGCAAAGCAUUGAUGCUGGUGAGAGACCCUGUUUGCAAGGAUAUUAUACAGCAGCAGAAUUGAAACCAGUUCUUGACCGCCCACCUCAGGAUUCCAAUGCACCUGGUGCUUCUGGUAAAGCAUUCAAGACAACCAAUUUAAGUGUUGAAGAGCAGAAGGAAAAAGAACGUGGAGAAGCCAAACACUGUUUUAACGCUUUUGCAAGUGACAGGAUUUCUUUACACCGAGAUCUUGGACCAGACACUCGACCUCCUGAAUGUAUUGAACAAAAAUUUAAGCGCUGUCCUCCCCUGCCUACCACCAGUGUCAUAAUAGUUUUUCAUAAUGAAGCCUGGUCCACGCUGCUUAGAACUGUCCACAGUGUGCUUUAUUCUUCCCCCGCCAUACUGCUGAAGGAAAUCAUUUUGGUGGAUGAUGCUAGUGUAGAUGAGUACUUACAUGAUAAACUAGAAGAAUAUAUAAAACAAUUUUCUAUAGUAAAAAUAGUCAGACAAAGAGAGAGAAAAGGUCUGAUCACUGCAAGGUUGCUAGGAGCAGCAGUUGCAACAGCUGAAACACUCACAUUUUUAGAUGCUCACUGUGAGUGUUUCUAUGGCUGGUUAGAACCUUUGUUGGCUAGAAUAGCCGAGAACUACACAGCAGUUGUGAGUCCGGAUAUUGCAUCCAUAGAUCUAAACACGUUUGAAUUCAACAAACCUUCUCCUUAUGGAAGUAAUCACAACCGUGGAAACUUUGACUGGAGUCUUUCAUUUGGCUGGGAAUCGCUUCCUGAUCACGAGAGGCAAAGAAGGAAAGAUGAAACCUACCCAAUUAAAACACCCACUUUUGCAGGAGGCCUUUUUUCCAUAUCAAAAGAAUAUUUUGAAUAUAUUGGAACUUACGAUGAAGAAAUGGAAAUCUGGGGAGGUGAAAAUAUAGAAAUGUCUUUCAGAGUAUGGCAAUGUGGUGGGCAGUUGGAGAUUAUGCCUUGCUCUGUUGUUGGACAUGUUUUUCGCAGCAAAAGCCCUCAUACCUUUCCAAAAGGCACUCAGGUGAUUGCUCGCAACCAAGUUCGCCUUGCAGAAGUCUGGAUGGAUGAAUACAAGGAAAUAUUUUAUAGGAGAAACACAGAUGCAGCAAAAAUUGUUAAACAAAAAUCAUUUGGUGAUCUUUCAAAAAGACUUGAAAUAAAGCACCGCCUUCAAUGUAAAAAUUUUACAUGGUAUCUGAACACUAUUUAUCCAGAAGCAUAUGUGCCAGACCUUAAUCCUGUUAUAUCUGGAUAUAUUAAAAGCGUUGGUCAGCCUCUGUGUCUGGAUGUUGGAGAAAAUAAUCAAGGCGGCAAACCGUUAAUUUUGUACACGUGUCAUGGACUCGGGGGAAACCAGUAUUUUGAAUACUCGGCUCAACAUGAAAUUCGGCAUAACAUCCAGAGGGAAUUAUGUCUUCAUGCUGCUCAAGGUCUUGUUCAGCUGAGAGCGUGUGCCUACAAAGGUCACAGGACAGUGGCCAGUAGAGAACAGAUAUGGGAGAUCCAGAAGGAUCAACUUCUAUAUAAUCCAUUCUUAAAAAUGUGCCUUUCAGCAAAUGGAGAGCAUCCGAGCUUGGUGUCAUGCAAUCCAUCAGAUACACUCCAAAAAUGGAUUUUUAGCCAAAAUGAUUAAGUGUUCCUUAAAAUUAAGGAGUUGAAAAAGGAGAUAUUCUUUCUCAUAAAACUGUGACUAGGCAUACACUGUAGUUUUUGAAAAUUAUGCAAAAGCAGCUAAUUGUAACUUAUUCCAAGUGCAUUUUUCUUAUUUAUAUCUUAAAAUGUCUAUGUAGCACUGCUACAGAAAUCUUUUAAGUUUCCGUUUCAAAGCACAAUAACUAAUAAUACCAAAGACUAUUUUGAAAUGUCCAGAUGUAGGGGAAGAGAUGUUUACAGUAUGAUGAAAAUAAUUUUCUAAGUAAAGUGAUAUAUGUGUGUUUUGUACACUUAAAGAUAUGCAUAGCUACAUUCACACACUCACAAUUUAAAAUAUUUCUAGUUUUUUGGGGGGUGGGAGAAAGAUUUGAUACCAUAUUUUUUUUAACUACAUAGAAAAGGAUCAGUGAAGGUCAAGCAUUGACCUUUGUGUACAAACCAGGAAAUUUUUAUAGAUCUAGAAUUUAUUAUAUAAAAAUGCAAGUAAACUUUUUUUGCCUUUUGUUUACUUAUCUGUCAUAGGUUUCCUUAAACAUGAAAUUAAAUGAAUAAGGAGAAUAUUUUUAACACUUCAGUAUCUUGGCAAAUUUUAAAAUAUUUUUUAGUCGAAGCCCACUUGACUUAAAGCACUUAAAUCUUGCUUAAAAGAUAUUUCUUAAAUAACUAUACUGUGUGUUUUCCCAAAGCAAUAUUUAAAAAAAAAAAAAAACUAUAAAGUACUAUCUGUUGAAAAGGUGUCUUUUUCCUUUCUGCUAGUCUUUUUUUCUUACCAAAAUUCACUAAUCUUGAAUGUUUGUGAAAUUGAAUUUCAAAUGCAGAAUACCUGACUCAUUUAAAAGCUAAAUUUUAUUUGUUACUGAUUCAAUUUAGAUUGUCUUUGUAAAGAAUUUUUUUCAUCAAAAAAACCCUUCUAUGUGGAAAACACAAUAAAAUGAAUCCUUACCACUGUU